AUGCGAAAUCGGAGAAUCCACUGCUCAUACGAAAAAAAUAGGAGUAGACGUAUUAAAGCUUGUUUUGAGCUCGAAAAGAUUCCAUUGCCUUGCCGGCCGAGUUGGAGGAUCUUACGUCGGAUGUUUCAGAUGAGGACAAGCCCUAAUUUAGCUCGCCAUUUCGGUUUCCACCGCGAUCAGCUUCAAAAUAGUUUUUCCCGCCGACAAUCUGCGCCGGCCGUUCUGCCAGUCAAUUUCACCGGGGAAGGAGACUUGGAUCUUCUAACUAACGCGUUUGUUCUCACGGAUCAGGAGACGGUUGAUUACUACUGGAUGGUUAUGUUUCUUCCGUCCUCGACGCUUUUCGCGGUUUCAGCGGUUUACUUGAUUGCUGCUAAUUUGGGGUGGUCUCAAAGCUCGGUGUUAAAAUUCUACUCCAUACACAGACCACCAGUAUAUGGAAUCAUCGUUGCCUAUACUGCCCCCACACGAAAUGGAUGCUUGAAGGUUGUUGAGAACAAUUACUGUGCUUCUAGAAGAGGCAGUGUUAGAUGUCUAUCCAUACUGAAUCUCGUGUUUUCCAUCAUAUUUGGUCUUCUCGCACUAUUCCUUGGCUCCACUCUGCUCACACUUGGUAGCAACUACUGCUCUUUGCCUCUGUUCUGGUGCUAUGAAAUCGCAUCAUGGGCCUUCGUCAUUUUGCACGGAGGAGCUGCCUUCUUUCUGAGAAGAAAAGCAGCAGUGGUACUAGAUGAGAGGGAGACAGGUGGUAGAAACUUUGGGCUGGAGAUGCUUGAAGCAACCCCAACAGAAGUCACACCAGAAGUGGAGAGACGCUUCACUGAUGGUUUCAAAUCAUGGAUGGGUCCAUCUAUCCUAUCCUCAGACGACGAGGAUGAACUUGAUGAUUAUGUAGAAGUGCCAGACAUAGUGCAUUCGAGCUCUGCUCAUCAAAGACUCUGAUUCCGUCUCCCCUACGGCAUAAAGCUCUAUAUAUUCCCGUGUCGCCUAGUGCAUGGCGUUUUGCACACAUCAAAACCGUUGUAGCACAGUAGAAAAAGGAUGUACAGUACAAAAUUUUACUGAGGAAUCCUCCGUUGCAGCAUGCAUCUUUGAAUUUCUUCCAUUUUCUUUGUAACAUUACUGGUAGUUUUCAUUGUAGUUUUUGGAUUUUGAUUGUACAAAACUCGAUGUACUUGAAAGUUGAAACCCCUCUGUAAUGAGUUUGUAAUGUUACAAAAUGAAGUGAACAUAAAAUUCAAAGACA